UCACUCAUGAUCAUAAAUCCAUAAUCCUACCUUUUCCUUUGUCUGUUUCACAACUGAACCACUGUUGGUGGUCCAAUUCUUCUUGCUUCUCUUUCUCCCUCUAUCUCUCUCACAGGUGUAUGCUGUCAACAGCUUUAGAUAAUCUGGGCUCACUUUCUGGCUCCUUGGUUGCACUGGAACUCUUUACUCUAGAAUAUCUUGUUCAUUAGUUAUAAUAGGUCAGGGUUCCAAACAGAUGCAUUGCCUUUGAAGUAAGCCUCGACCAUGACAACCAAUCUGUCUCUUUCUUCAGUAGCUCGUAAAGAAGAAGUCUUACUUGAGAUCGGGAAUUCUGAAAAGCAGUUGUGGGCACUGAUCCAUUCUAAAGGCCUUUUGCACUCGGAUGUUCAAGACUUGUACCGCAAGAUCCGGUCUAGUUAUGAGAGAAUCAUCUUGAAUAAUUACACCCACUCAGAACUUCAGGAUGUGGAAUAUUCUUUGUGGAAGCUCCACUAUAAGCACAUUGAUGAGUUUCGCAAAAUAAUAAAGAAAAGCUCUGGUGAUGGGGAGAGCAGAAAAUCAGGAAUGCCGCAAACUGGUUUUGUCCAGGGAAACAAUGACAACAAUGCUAAGUUAUUUAAGUUGUUUCUGUCAGAAGCUUCCGAGUUUUACCAAACUCUGAUUGUAAAACUCAGAAAACAUUAUGGAGUCCCAGAAGAGGCCUUAUUUUAUAAAAAGGGUUGGAUCUCUACUUUUGUUGAACCAGAUGUCAAGCUAAAAUGCCGAUAUUUAUGUCAUCGCUGCUUAGUUUGUAUGGGGGAUCUUGCCAGGUACAAACAACAAUGUGAAAACUCUGAUAUUCAAAAUCAUAAUUGGUCAGUUGCAGCAACCCAUUACAUGGAAGCAACAAGGAUUUGGCCUAAUAGUGGAAACCCUCAAAAUCAGUUGGCUGUGCUAGCAACAUAUAUUGGUGAUGAGUUUCUUGCUCUAUACCACUGUGUAAGAAGUUUAGCAGUUAAAGAACCUUUUCCUGAUGCAUGGAACAAUAUUAUCUUGUUGUUUGAAAAGAACAGGUCAUCUUCUCAGCAGUAUGUUUCCAGUGAUGUCUGCUUUGAUUUCUUUAAACCUUUUGGAAGAGUUGGUAAAGAGACAAAGGCGCAACUGAAAGAUGAUUACUCAAACUGCAAUAAAGUUGAAGAUGAAAGUAGUCAUUUUACAGACACAAAGUUAUGGUCUCUUAUGGUCAGAAUGAUAAGUUUCCUCUUCAUACCAUCAAGCAGUUUUGAGGAAUUCUCUAGUGCAUUUGCAUCUGCAAUUGGAGAGUUGGAUAAAAUGAUGGAGCUAGAAGAUAUAGAACUAAAGGACAUGUUGGAGUCCUAUAGUCAAAUGGCUUUAGCUAGAAGAGGUCCUUUCCGAGCCAUACAAGUAGUUUCUAUUCUCAUUUUUUCCCUCAAGAAUCUAAAUGAUAAACAUGAAAAAAAUGAAUCAGAAGACAAAAAUGAUUGGCACUUGUUGCAGUUGGCAUUUACUACUUCUUUCAUCUUCAUGGGACGUUUUAUUGAAAGAUGCCUAAAUGCUAGUUCUUUGAAUCAUUGCCCCUUAUUACCUUCUGUGCUUGUUUUUGUGGAGUGGUGUUCAAGCAUUGUUGAUGCAACUGAAGUAUGUUCAACUGAUCAAAAGAGUAGAAAGGCCAUUUCUUACUUUUUUGAUGUGUUUGUUGAACUUUUAAAUAAACUUAAUGACAACAGAAAGGAAACUGAGAAGCUUCUUGAUGCUACCCCUCUAUGGGAGGAUUAUGAGUUGCGGGGCUUUGUACCUAUAGCUUGUUCGCAUUCCUCAUUGAAUUUUUGCAGUAAUUGGGAUCACAUAGACAAUUUUAAAAGUGGAACUGAAUUGCGUGCUGAGCGCAUCAGAGAAGCAGCAAUGAAGAUUGCUAGCAGAUCAAAUCAUUUGCAAAAGUGGAUUACAUGUGAUAAAUUGGGGAAACAAAUUCUUGUGGCUAGACCAUAUGAGGAUCAGGAUAGGAAAAAAGGAGAAAAUGUGAAGUCCAAUGGCAAUAGGACAGGAGGGGAAGAGCCUAACCAACAAACUAACAAAAACAGGGAGAAACAUGGCAAAUGGAUGACAGAGGAUAAUCCCAGUAGCUCGAGUACCGAUGGGAAAUCUUCUGUAGUGGAAGAAGAAGAAGAAGUUAUUCUCUUCCGGCCUCUCACAAGGUAUAAUUCAGCACCAUCAUACCCCUCUACCUCACCUGAUGACCAGAUAUCACCAAAAGACAAAGAUGACCAAAGUUUACCAUCUGAUGAUUGUUUGCGCCGUGCUACGUCUCUGCUCAUGGCACAAACCCCAGAUCAAACUCAAACUGAUCCAUGGGGAUUCCAUGGAAGCAUUUUGAAUUUCACGACUGACGGACCACUCAAACAGCAAGAACCUUCAACAAAAGAAUCAAAUGUACACACUUUUUCAGAAGCCCCAAUCUCUGCUGGCCCUCCCUCACUAAAUGCUUGGGUUCUUGAUGGAGGAAGCUUGAGCAAUAACAGAAACAAUGGGACAAAAGGUCUUAAUGAGCACAGGUUGGAGCCCAUUGAGGAAAUAGCUUCAUCUUUGGCUGGUCUUUCCAUCAAUAACAGUGAGAGUUUAGUCAUCAGUUCAGUGGAUGAAUCUUCAAACUUCAAUCCAUCUUUUGCUACAUAUACUAUUCCAUUACCUUCUGCUCCAUUGUUGCCUGAGAAUGCUGCUUGGUUUACUGAUGUACAAUCUACUUUAUCUGCACCAAGAUUUCCAGUGAACUCAUCACCAAUAACUGGUUUUUCAGAAUGGAGUCCUAAUUAUGGACCACAUGGAUAUGAUCCUGGAUUUCCAGUUUCGUUAAGCGGAUACCCACCACCUGGCAGAAUGACAUCUUCAGAAUGGCUGCGUUGGUACAGAGAGAAUCACAAGCACAAUUAUAUGCAGCCUACUUAUUUGAAUCCUCAUGGUAAUGGAAAUCAUGAAAACUUCAUGUAUCAUGAUACUUACCGGUUUGAUCAAUUCGAUCGAUGGGGCAAUGCUGUGCCUUCUAACCAGCGUGUAUAUAUGGAGCCUCCAGGACCCCCACCAUUGCAUCAUGGUUUUGUUGGUGCAGGUGAACACAAAGCCAGUCUCUUCAACAAUUUUCAAACACCAAUCCCUUAUGGGUGUGGUGGUGCUGUGACAGACCUGAGAAGUGAGCCACAGUCUCUGCUGGAGUGCCUGAAGCAGAAGGAAUGGCGACUCCAGCAUGACCCUAAACUCAGAGGGCCUACAUUCAUGGGAGAUUAGAACCAUUUCAACAUUUGGUUUUUGUGCACCUUGAUCUACACUUUGGUUGCAUUGUAAAAUAUGUAUGGUUGAUAUUUAUAGGAGAGAUCCUCCUCCUUUCAGCCACUUUUCUCUGAUUUGCAUGUAAAAUAUAUAGAGUUGAGAUUAGAACAAAAAAUCCUUAUUCCCAGAAGUGGGUACGUGAUUAGUGAAAAACAAAACAAGCUUACCAGCCAUGGCUACUAUGAGAUUAUGAUUAAAAUUGUAGAGGAAUAUAUGAUGCUAAUUUAUGGUUGGUUUGAGUGUUAUAUCUGAA